UCGCCCAUUUCCCGGGCCAGCGGGAGGCGCCGAGCGCCGGGGUCGCGGAGAUGUCGUCGCCGUCGCCGCCCGCGCCAGCUGCCUGCGCCGCCAUCUCGGCCUCGGAGAAAGUGGACGGCUUCACCCGGAAAUCGGUGCGCAAGGCGCAGAGGCAGAAGCGCUCGCAGGGCUCGUCGCAGUUCCGCAGCCAGGGCAGCCAGGCGGAGCUGCACCCCUUGCCCCAGCUCAAAGAUGCCACUUCAAAUGAGCAGCAAGAGCUUUUCUGCCAGAAGCUGCAGCAGUGCUGCGUGCUGUUUGAUUUCAUGGACUCUGUGUCAGACUUGAAGAGCAAAGAGAUUAAAAGAGCAACACUGAAUGAACUGGUUGAGUAUGUUUCAACUAAUCGUGGUGUAAUUGUUGAAUCAGCGUAUUCUGAUAUAGUAAAAAUGAUCAGUGCUAACAUCUUCCGCACCCUUCCUCCAAGUGAUAAUCCAGAUUUUGACCCAGAGGAGGAUGAGCCCACACUUGAGGCCUCUUGGCCUCACAUACAGUUGGUGUAUGAAUUCUUCUUGAGAUUCUUGGAGAGUCCUGAUUUCCAGCCCAGUAUUGCAAAGCGAUACAUUGAUCAGAAGUUUGUACAACAGCUCCUGGAGCUUUUUGAUAGUGAGGAUCCACGCGAGCGGGACUUCCUGAAGACCGUGCUGCACCGGGUUUAUGGGAAGUUCCUCGGACUGAGAGCGUUCAUCCGAAAGCAAAUCAACAACAUUUUCCUCAGGUUUAUAUAUGAAACAGAACAUUUCAACGGUGUGGCUGAACUCCUUGAGAUACUAGGAAGUAUCAUCAAUGGCUUUGCAUUGCCACUGAAAGCAGAACAUAAGCAAUUUCUAAUGAAGGUUCUUAUUCCUAUGCAUACUGCAAAAGGAUUGGCUUUGUUUCAUGCUCAGCUGGCGUACUGCGUUGUGCAGUUCCUGGAGAAAGACACAACGCUGACGGAGCCUGUGAUCAGAGGGCUGCUAAAAUUUUGGCCAAAAACAUGCAGUCAGAAAGAGGUGAUGUUCUUAGGAGAAAUUGAAGAAAUCUUAGAUGUCAUUGAACCGACACAAUUCAAAAAAAUUGAGGAGCCACUUUUUAAGCAGAUAUCCAAGUGUGUUUCCAGUUCUCACUUCCAGGUUGCAGAAAGAGCACUGUACUUCUGGAACAAUGAAUAUAUUCUUAGUUUGAUUGAAGAGAAUAUUGAUAAAAUCCUGCCAAUUAUGUUUGCCAGUUUGUAUAAAAUUUCCAAAGAACACUGGAACCAGACUAUUGUGGCACUUGUGUACAACGUGCUGAAAACCCUGAUGGAGAUGAACGGCAAACUUUUUGAUGACCUUACUAGUUCCUACAAAGCCGAAAGACAGAGAGAGAAAAAGAGAGAGUUGGAGCGUGAGGAGUUAUGGAAGAAGCUGGAGGAGCUGAAGCUGAAGAAGGCUCUAGAGAAGCAGAACAGUGCUUACAACAUGCACAGCAUCCUCAGCGGUACAGCUGCCAAGUAAAGGCGGGCUGCCCCCUCUGCCGCCGGCAGCUCUGUACGCCUCAAAGCAGACCUCAUCAGU